AUGAGUCUGGCAAAGGUCAAGCAAAGUCUUGCCUUUUGCGCCAACGCCAAGGGGCCUCGUCCGUCCGUUUCCCUCAGCGCGUGUGCGCGGCGUCAACUUUACUUCCAGGUACCACCUCUUCGUUUUCAGAGCGCCAACAAGCCCCAAGUCAUUGCUAGCACAAACGGCAGUAAUAAUUCACAUUGUUUUACCAAACAGCUCAAUAGUACGGAUACACUAGACUAUAACAACGCAGACCUUGUGACCGGGCGGCUGGACGGUUCCAGACCACCAAGACAGCCGUCGCGUGACAAGCCUCGCCCAACCACCCGCGCCGAGCGGUCAAUGAUGGGCUCUUUUUUGUGGGAAAAAGCCACACCCACAACCCGAUCAGCCCUAGCCAGUGCAUUCACUCUCCGUUGGCUGCUUCUCCGACAAUUCAGCUCCGAGGUGCCAAGAAGGAUGAGCUAUUAG